AGAACAAGCUCAUCACACAAAUUCCACAUUUUCGGCCAUCGGCAACAAUUCGUUGAAAACUUUUAAGAUGGAUCGCUUUGUCCCCCACCCAGACUAUGCCGAAGACCAGCCCUACUCGCGCACUAUUCUCACCACACAUGUCUUACAUCGUGGGGCCAACGUCGGGGCGGCUUUCGGAGCUCUCUACGGUGCGGCUCGGUAUGGACUUUCCGCGCACGCGCGCAAGCUACCUCUGGCAACCUCUAUGGUCCAGGCCUCGGGUGUUGGGGUUGUUUUGGCUACAGGAGUUGCCGCACUAGCGCUUUCGGGGAGGAUGUAUGGGAGGCAGGGGAUCGAGUGGCAGGACCGAUCAUGGAGGUUGCUCGAGAAUAGACCUCAGAAUGGGAUCGACGAAUGGAGUGCUUCCGGGGCACUUGUGGGCGGGGUUUUAGGAGGUGUAAAGGAGGGCCUACGCUGGAAGGGUAUUACGGGGAGUGCGGGGAUUGGAAGUGUCGUCGGAAUUGCAGGCUGGGCGGUUUACAACAAGAUGGGGGGGAGGGGGGAGCAAGCCAACGCGGUAGGAGAUUCGGAGAAGGCGGAUGUCAGAUCAUGAAAUCUUUCUUGCUUGCAUUUUCCUACUUUUCAUAAUUUGCCCUAUUCACAGUCUCCUCGUUCGUCUGAAUAGGCGAAGGCUCAUGUUAAUAAAUCCCGCACAGAAUCGAAGCCCAACUCUCUUUCGGUUUC